AUGAUUUUAUUAAUAAAUACAACUGAUGGUAUACAUAGUUAUUCUAUUGAAUAUGAUCAAACAACAUUAACAUUAAAAAUACAUAAUGAUGAUGAUGAUUUAAUAAAUAAUGAUGAACAAUCAAUAAUAAGUGAUAAGGAUGAAAAUUUAGAAAUUGAAUGUGAUGAUAAUAAUGAUCUUAAUGAUGAAUAUCAAAAGAAAGAACAAUAUUCAAAUAAAAUAUUAAAACGAAUAUAUAAUAAUCAAGAAGAUAAUAAUAUUGAUAUUCUAGCAGAUAGACAAUUAAUUAGAAACGUUGAAAAAUGUGUUCAUAUUAUAGGUACAGAUAUAAUUUAUGUCUGGAUCGGUGAUGAUGGUGUUAAAAAGUUUAAAAUCAGUUGAUUUAGAUUUUAUGCUGAUCCAUUUGAUGUUGAUUUUUCAACAUUAAUUGAAUGUAGUCUUUGUCAACGUAAUUUAAAUUCAUCAACAUGA